GGUACGAAUCGAGCCUGGCCCGCGAUCGAUUCCCCUCGCGUUUUCAUCCUUCAACUCCUCUUUUCAGUUUCAAAGUUCAUUCGAGUCGCCGCUUUCGUUCGCUGCAGCAGAGUGACGGCAGCCCCCUCCGGCCUUCCCUUUCCACCAUCAACAGCUGCUGCUCGUUGAUUGGCACCCGACGACCCAUCCCCGACAAAAGCCAUUUGAUCCGUUAGCUGUAGCUAGAUCUUGGUGGUCCUAUGAAUCCACCCAGUACAGAGAAUGCCCAAAGCACAUCAUUACAGCGGCUUCAUCAUGUCGAGAAGAGGAUUGUUCAUGUUUUGGAGCUUGCUGGAGGUGUAAUGGAGGAGUUGGGAAAUGCGACCGGCCCUAGGAUGGAUGUGCUUAAUAGCCACUGUCUCGAUUUCAUGCAGUCUAUAAAGAAUCCCAUUACCUCAGGUCCAUCAUAUCUGUUGGCAUCAUUGAGUUGGUCAAUGGAUAAGAAUUUGACUACAAAGCUGCCAUACCUCAAUGUAGGAGACCUUCUCAAUAGGGGAGAAUUCAGGAUGUUAUUCCAGCUUUCAACAGUCAAAGGGAGGGUCUGAAAGUUAAAUUAGGGGCGAAACUUUUUCCUCUCAGCUUUUGGGCCAAUAAGGAUGUGACGGAGAAGGAUUAUCCCUGCUAAACCUAGAAAUUUGAAGCUGAUCAUUCUCAUAGGGAGCCGUAGUUUCUUCCAUUGCUGUUAUUGUGUUGGGGGUAUACAAGUUUGUUUCUUUGUAGUCUGUUAUGUCAUUGAAAAUGUUGUAGCAAGUUUCAUAAUUAAGACCAAUUGUUGCAUACAUGAUUUUGUGCUGUUAUGUGAAAGAGGUAUUACUUUUUAGCUUUUAUA